AUGCUCUCUGCAUCCUCACCCAUUAUCUUCCCAAGCGACCCUCCUACUCCUCCACCCAAGCGCGCCAAACCUCACGAUAUUCAAUAUCCGACACAGAAACCCCGAGUUGCUGGACCAUUCGUGGACUCCGACUCUGAGUCAGAUGCGGAAACUGCGCCUCGAGCUGGCUCAAGGUCCCCUUCCAAGAGGCCGAAUUCAACACCAAUAGACGAUACUCAGGCUACUUCACUCCCAACGGCACCCCUAUGGGCCCAAUCAGAUUCACUACUUACAACACCCAUCUUUGGAACUCGCUCAAAGACUACUUAUAAACUGAAAACAUGCGAAGGCCGCGAAAUUACGAUUAGACAGCGAAAAGAAGUCGCUACUCAAUCGUACGAGUCCAUGGUAGCAGCUAGGUCGAGGACAAAAGAAGGACGGGCGAAACGAGACUACUAUGGCGUUGAUAUACACAACCUCAUCAACGCUGCCACGAAUGAAAUGGCGGAGAGGAGGGACAACCCACCAUCUCCAGACACCAAUCAAGCUGUUCGGCAGAUGGAGGCGGCAUCAAUAUCAGACAAGAAGCCGAAGAAGACCAUGCUAUGGACUGAAAAAUACCGAGCAAGAAACUUUAUGGAUUUAUGCGGAGACGAUUCCACGAAUAGACUUGUCCUACGCUGGCUCAAGAAAUGGGAUCCAUUAGUCUUUCCAGGCACGGCCAAAGCGAAACCCAAGCUUCAGAGACGCAAUGGACCCAAUUCCCAGGUAGAAGAAGAGAAGCCUCAUCGAAAGAUUUUGAUGUUGACAGGCCCGCCUGGCCUAGGCAAAACAACGCUGGCUCAUGUCUGCGCCAAACAAGCGGGUUAUGAGGUGAUUGAGGUCAAUGCUAGUGAUGACCGCAGUCGUGAUGUUGUGAAGAAUCGGAUUCGGACCAGUCUGGGGACAGAAAGUGUCAAAAACGUUGGCAACCAAAAGGCUCUGAACGGCUCGCAAAAAGUUGCUAAGCCUGCGUGUGUUGUGGUGGAUGAGGUUGAUGGUGUGGUGACAGGAUCUGGAGCUUCUGGAGAAGGCGGCUUCAUUAAAGCGCUGAUCGACCUCGUACUGAUCGACCAAAAGAAUGCUUCAGGGGUAUCAAAGACGUACGAAGGUAAAAAGAAAAAAGGCGAUGAUUUCCGCCUGAUGCGGCCCUUGAUUCUUAUAUGCAAUGAUGUAUACCACCCUUCUCUAAGGCCGUUACGACAGUCAAAUCUGGCUGAGAUUAUUCACGUCGGCCGACCAACACUGGACACUGUGGUGGGUCGUUUGAAGACGGUGUUUGAGAAAGAAGGCAUUCCCUGCGACAAAGACGCAGCACGCAAGCUGUGUGAGACAGCCUGGGGUAUGGCCAACGGUAUCGACGCUAGGCGAGGACAAGAAAGCACCGUACAGGGUGAUCUUCGAGGCAUCAUGGUCAUUGGCGAAUGGGUAGCUUCUCAGUUCAGAGUUUCAAGCUUGAAUGCUACCCAGCGUCUUACCAGAGAGUGGAUCGAGCGAAAUAUUCUCCAAGAGCUCGCCAACGGCGCCGCGGGGACUCGAGGCCUCGGACGAGGCAGCGUCAAGGACAUCAUCACUCGCCUUUUCCAAGAGGGCGGCGGGUUCCCCAAACAGGCGCUCAGCUUGUCCAAAUCCAAGACGGCGCACGAACAGCCAAAGACGGAGCUCGGAUUCGGAGAGCACCAAAAGAAAUACGCAAUGGAGUGUCUCAGGCAAAUGAUUGAUUCCAGCGGCGAAAUCAGCCAUGUCGUGACGGAAGUAUUCGCAGAGUAUCCAAACCGCGAGUUCAACGACGAUUCUUACCUCACGAAACCGAACCAGGCCUACGACUGGCUGUACUUUCACGAUGCCUGUCAAUCCAGGCUGUUCGCCAGUCAGGAAUGGGAGCUCUCCCCUUACUUGGCUCAACCCGUCCUAGCCUGCCACCACCUAUUCGCAUCGCCCAAGAGGCAUUAUGCCAAUACCAUGGCCAAUGGCCAGCGAGCCAGAGAAGAAGAAGCCGGCCCUUCAAUACCCUUCUCUGGCCCGCGCGCCGACUACCAGGCUUUUGAGGCUGAAAAGCAAACCCGCGCCCAACUGCAGUCUCUUCAGGGCCAGCUCAGCCCAACCAUGAUGCGCUUGUUCCGCAGCGCAGAAGACGUGGCCACGGAGUUCUUACCUUACCUUGCCCGCAUGCUAGCACCAGACGUGAAGCCUGUGGUUGUAGGCGGCAGUCAGGGCACCACGGCCAGUGUGCGCAAGGAGAGCGAGCGAGCCAUGGUCAAGCGCGCGUCAGAGGUGCUGGCAGAAGUUGGCAUUGCCUUGCAAAAGGGCAAGAUUGAGGCCGAUGUAGCAUCCAAUCGGGGGCCACAAUUUGUAUACCGCAUGGACCCUGACAUUGAUGCCCUCUCAACUUUUGAAACAGCUUCUCUUCUUACAUCCCAGCCCCCAACCCGCUUCGCCGUCCGCCAGGUCCUCGACCAAGAACUCCACCGCACGCUCGCCAUCCGCGAGACAGUCGCCCGCCAAGCACGCUUCCGAGCCGGACGAGUCGUUGGUGAAAGCGACCAGCACCAGCCACAGUCGCUUACUCAACCGUCAAAGGACGACAUGGCGAUUGUGGAAGACGGCUUGGUGGUCAAGAAGGACUUUUUUGGGCGCAUCAUCCAGGCGCAGCCGCUGGCGGAGGUGACGGGCGGUGCGAGGGAGAAGAAGGCGGCGACUCAGGAGAAGGUGUGGGUGACGUUUCAUGAGGGGUUGAAUAAUGCGGUGAGGAAACCGAUGAUGCUGCGUGAGUUUUUGAAUGGGCUGUGA